CGGCGCGCAAGCACUCAUUAAUGGAGCCAGUUAACAGAUAAGCUCUUGGAGACGACUAGUCCGUUCCUGAGGACACCCAUCCUUGGCGACGAGCCAGAAGACACGUUUUCAUGCGGUGACGUCAGAGGCGAGCCUCCAGAAGGUGGGGUGGACUGCGACCCAAGAAGAGUACUUAAGGAAGGUGCUUUCUGGAAGACCAGAGGUUUCGGACAGAGCUAGUCCCUAAGCAACACCUUAAUGCUUGAAGGAACCUGCCAAAUCCUCUCCAAGCCUGAAAACAGAGGCAGCUCCAAAAAGCUUGCAGCUCCCAUUACGGACCCCCAACCCCGAGCCUUGUCCUUGGGAAGAACGGGUCAUGCCAGCCCAGCUGCAGGUGCAGAGGAGCGCCACCCCAAAGUUCGUCCAGGGAGACCCGAAGAGCCUGGCGCCAGAUGUGAGGGACUUCAUUGAAAUCAACGCUGAGCUCUGCCAGCCAGAAGCUAUCCACAUCUGCGAUGGCUCAGAGCAUGAAAACAAAAGGAUCUUGGAGCGCAUGGUAGAGGAAGGCAUGAUUAAGAAGCUUGGCAAAUAUGAGAAUUGCUGGUUGGCCCGUACAGAUCCGAGGGAUGUGGCCAGAAUCGAAAGCAAAACUGUCAUCGUCACUCAGGAGCAGCGAGACACCAUCCCCAUCCCGAAGAGUGGGAUGAGCCAGCUGGGAUCCUGGAUGUCUGAAGAGAACUUUGAGAAAGCCUUCAGCGUCCGAUUCCCUGGGUGCAUGAAAGGGCGCACCAUGUAUGUCAUCCCUUUCAGCAUGGGGCCCAUCGGUUCCCCUAUAUCCAAGUUUGGGAUUCAGCUGACAGAUUCUGCUUAUGUGGUGGCCAGCAUGAGGAUCAUGACUCGGAUGGGCAUGUCUGUCCUAGAGGCCCUGGGCAACGGGGAAUUUGUGAAGUGCCUUCAUUCAGUUGGGUGCCCUUUGCCGUUGAAAAAGCCCCUGGUAAAUAACUGGCCCUGUAACCCAGAUCUGACUCUGAUUGCUCACAUCCCGGAUCACAGAGAGAUCAUUUCCUUUGGAAGCGGCUAUGGAGGAAAUUCCCUCCUGGGAAAGAAGUGCUUUGCUCUCCGGAUCGCCAGCAGGAUCGCCAAGGAAGAGGGCUGGCUCGCUGAGCACAUGCUGAUAUUGGGUAUCACAAAUCCGGAAGGUGAAAAGAAAUACUUUGCUGCAGCCUUCCCAAGUGCAUGUGGAAAAACCAACUUGGCCAUGAUGAACCCAACUCUGCCAGGGUGGAAAAUCGAGUGUGUUGGGGAUGAUAUUGCUUGGAUGAAAUUUGAUGACCAAGGUAACUUAAGAGCCAUCAAUCCAGAGAAUGGCUUCUUUGGAGUGGCUCCUGGGACGUCAGUGAAAACAAACCCCAACGCUAUGAAGACCAUACGGAAGAACACCAUCUUCACCAACGUGGGAGAAACUAGCGAUGGAGGCGUGUGUUGGGAAGGCAUGGAAAAGCAGUUUGCGCCCGGGGUGACGCUCACUUCGUGGAAAAACAAGGAAUGGACAGCCAAGAGCGGGGAACCUUGUUCCCACCCCAAUUCCCGGUUCUGCACUCCUGCUAACCAGUGCCCCAUUAUCGAUCCUGCCUGGGAGGCUCCAGAAGGAGUGCCAAUUGAGGGGAUCAUAUUUGGAGGACGGAGACCUGAAGGUGUACCUCUGGUCUAUGAGGCUCUUAACUGGCAGCAUGGAGUAUUCGUAGGUGCAACAAUGAGAUCAGAAGCAACAGCUGCCGCUGAACAUAAAGGCAAGAUCAUCAUGCACGACCCCUUUGCCAUGCGGCCUUUCUUUGGCUACAACUUUGGCCAGUAUCUCUCCCACUGGAUCAGCAUGGCGCACCGGCCCGCUGCAAAACUGCCCAAGAUCUUCCACGUCAACUGGUUCCGUAAAGACAAGCAAGGCCGGUUCUUGUGGCCUGGAUUCGGCGAGAACUGCCGUGUGCUGCAGUGGAUGUUCAACCGAAUUCGGGGAGAGGAGAGUGCGCAACUGACAGCCAUCGGCUACGUCCCUGAUGACACGGGCUUGAACUUGAAAGGCUUGGAAGAUGUCAAGACACAGGAACUGUUUGCCCUUUCCAGAGACUUCUGGGAAAAGGAGGUGGAAGAAAUCAAGAAGUAUUUUGAAGAGCAAGUAAAUGCUGACCUCCCCUAUGAGAUGGAAAGAGAAGUUAUUGCUCUGGAGCAGAGAAUAAAGCAGCUGUAACUGAUCAAAACCAUAUUUGUAGCUUGGUGUGAGAGGGGGAAUGAAGUAAAUGCACUCUUUUCUAGUGACCCUGUCUGGAAGCACAAAAAAAGAAAAAGAAUUAGGAUGCAGAGCUACAACUUCUAUCGGCCAGUUGAAGUUCUCAGGCUUAUCAGGAAAUCAAGCUGAUGCAGCCACGAUCAUCAAGUUGAUCAGAGUUGUUGCUUGAUAAGCUUGUUCCCACUGUUACUAUAUCCCACGAUAUCUGCAGUUCUCACGUAACAUCAUAAAUAAUGAGGCAGAGAGGGUAGGAGUGUCUUCCCUACCUAAACUUAAGCAAGUGAAAAGGAGUUGACCUGGGAACAUGGGCAUAGUCAAGAGUAGCUGCCCCCCUAAAUCCUCAAAAAUUAUUGAAAAGUACAGUAGUACUCGACUUACGAACGACUCGAUAACCGAAUUUUUCGACUUACGAAUGGGGCAAAUGGCCGCACACUUAUGAAUUUCUCGACAUCCGAACGGAAACCGCGGCGGUUUUAGAUAGGGUUUUUUUCGACUUACAAAUUUUUAGAUGGGGUUGCUUUGACUUACGAAUUUUUCUGUUUCCAUUGCAUUCCUAUGGGAAAUCACGUUUCAAUGGCGCUUUUCGACUUACGAAUUUUUCGACCUAUGAAGGUGCCUUCGGAACGGAUUAAAUUUGUAAGUCGGGGCACCACCGUAUUACAAAAAAACUCAAUUAACUGAGGUUCUGCCUGCCUCCUGUAAUGUCCUCUUUUUGGGGGGAGGGGGGAUUUUUACCUCCAAAGAAAGCUCAACAACUUCUUGCCCUCCCCUCACCCCCAAGAAAAGCCCUGGCUACGCCCCCUUUGGUUUAUUUUCCAACCGUUAUUUAAAUUUCCAACCAUUAACAUAUUUGCUCAUUUGUUAGACUUUGUGUGUUUUUUAUUUGAAUCACAUGCUCUCAGUGACUGUGGUCGAUGCUUAAUGUCUCAUGCUUAAUAUCACUGGAACAUGCCCCUGUGACAUCACCGCCCCUAGGUCUUGGGUUUGGACCCUGAAAUCUCAGGGUCUGGGGUGCUCUAGGGCUGGCAACGCUAUGGAGGAGGAAAACAAGAUGCAGCUACUCUAGCCAGGGUCCAGCACUACAUUCUGAGAAUUCAAGGGGUUGCCCCCCCCAAAAAAAAACCCUUCCAAUUGACUAGCGCAGAUUCUGCAGAAAGAGGAAACACAGACAAACACAUUUGUGGUCUAGGGAUGAUGGCUUCUGCAGGCAACCACCCAGCCGACAUAUCUUGUUAAGGGCGGCUUCGGGCAAGGUGCUGAGUAAUGUGCAGGGUGGCGAUAAGUUUAUAAUGUAACAGGAAGCCAGAGCCCCCUGCCUUUCCAGCUGCCUGCCACUCUGAUUCAAGCCCAUGACAGACAACCUGGGGCAGCUCCAAAGCCACUUAGCACAGCUGCGGAGACCGGCCAGGAGGAAACAGGUGCUUGUAUUGAGGAUUGUGUUUCUAUUUGGUUUUUUGGCAGGCCGAGCCCUGUGCAUCCGUAAUUGUUUGAGAGGAGGAUACAGAGGCUGCAGCAGCUUCAGUGGUAUCUGUCAAUGGCUUUUCAACCAUGGCUUCGUCCUAGGCAGGAGGGGACUCAGGUGCAAGCAGACAGUAGAAGAGGCAGUAGUGGCAUGGGGAAAAAAGCCAGCUCCUUGGGUAGCUGAGAAUGAGGGCAUCCUGAGCAAGUUUGCAGAUGACACCAAAUUGGGAGGGGUGGCUAAUACCCCAGAGGACAGGAUCACACUUCAAAAUGACCUUAACAGAUUAGACAACUGGGCCAAAGCAAACAAGAUGAAUUUCAACAAGGAGAAAUGUAAAGUACUACACUUGGGCAAAAAAAAUGAAAGGCACAAAUACAGGAUGGGUGACACCUGGCUUGAGAAGCAGUACAUGUGAAAAGGAUCUAGGAGUCUUGGUAGACCACAGACUUGACAUGAGUCAGCAGUGUGAUGCAGCAGCUUAAAAAGCCAAUGCAAUUCUGGGCUGCAUCAAUAGGAGUAUAGCAUCUAGAUCAAGGGAAGUAAUAGUACCACUGUAUUCUGCUCUGGGACAGACCUCACCUAGAGUACUGUGUCCAGGUCUGGGCACCACAGUUCAAGAAGGAUACUGACAAGCUGGAACGUGUCCAGAAGAGGACAACCAAAAUGGUCAAAGGCCUGGAAACAAUGCCUUAUGAGGAACGGCUUAGGGAGCUGGGUAUGUUUAGCCUGAAGAAGA